AUGCUCUCCCAAUUCAAGGACUCGCUCACCUUUCUCCUUCCAUUCUUCCAACCCAUAUUCAACGCCACCAGUAUCCCUGGCCCCAUCAUUGACCUCGGUUAUGCAACUUACGAGGGCGCCUUCGACCCUGUGAGCAACGUCACCCGGUUCCUUGGUGUACGCUAUGCUGCGCCCCCUACUGGCGAAAAUCGCUGGCGGCCCCCGCAACCUCCUCUGCACCAAGAGGGAGUACUGAAGGCGACCGAGCCGACACGCAUAUGUCUGCAAGGCUCUUGGGGGAAUGCGAAAACCGCUCCCUCUUUCGCAAGGGGCAAGAAAACGGCGGAGAAGGUGGACCUACUCCAGCAAGUCCAUAACGGUUCUGCAACCGAUAUGCACACCGCAUUUACCACCGCGCCGGCCGACGAAGACUGCUUGUUUCUCAACGUCUAUACUUCCGGCGAUUUUGAGGCGCAGGCUCGCGAGCCUAAGCCUGUCCUGGUCUGGUUCCACGGCGGCGGCUACUUCAGCGGCAGUGCGAUUGGAUAUCACGGCAACGAUGGCUAUGACGGCAAAUAUCCUCUGAAGCGCGCGAAUGGAGGGCUUGUCGUGGUCGUUCCGCAAUACCGACUGGGCAUGUUUGGGUUCCUUCCGGGCAAGGAAGUGCAUGACGCGGGCGCUGCAAAUGCUGGUCUUCUGGACCAACAAUUUGCUCUACAGUGGGUACAAGACAACUCGUCCGGCGGAGGCUCAGUAUAUCAUCACGUCGUCGCCAACGGCGGGAUGACAAGCCCUGCGCUCUUCGAUACUGCCAUCAUCAGCUCGAGCUUUCAUCCUCCGGAGUAUCAUGUUGACGACGAUGUAUCCGAGGCCAUCUACGACGAGGUUAUGAAGCAAACUGGAUGCAGAAACUUGGACUGCCUACGAAAAAUCGACGUUACUGUGCUACAGAUGCUGAACCUGGACAUGUGUGUUUUGGCCUUCAGCAACACGCAUCCAUGCGCUCCUGUCAUCGACCGCACCUUCGUUCGAGAGGCUCCCAGUCAAGCUGUUGCUGAAGGCCGGGUCAACGGGAAGUAUCUAAUGGCAGUGACCAUCGCCAACGAAGGCGAGAUGUUUAUGACUGUAUUCCGGCAGUCCAACGAAAUCUUUGACAUCCCCUUCUGGCUGCGCAAUACAUACCCCAAGACUACGGACGAGGACAUUGAACGCGCCAUAUCCCUCUACGCCGACGUCGAUCCCAUCGACCAAGCGCAACUAAUGUACGCUGAUAUCACCUUUAUCUGCCCGACGUACAACAUACUGCGUGCGUAUGACAAGCCGUAUCGGGCCCAAUUUGCCGUCGAUCCCGCCCUCCAUGCUUUCGACAUUGGCUACUACUUUCCCGACUUCUCCAACCUUUUUCCCAAGACCUACGACAACGAUGAGUUCGAAAACGCCUUCGCUUCCAUCUUCACCAACUUCGCGCUUGCGAAGGAUCCGAAUAUAAAGGUCGCAGAGGACAUCACGCCCGCCUGGGCACCAUGGACCGAAGAGGAGCCUGUCGAGAUGAUAUUUGGCGCGACAGAAGAUGGCGCUCCCGACGUGCAUGCUGCCACUACCGACAACCUCGUCCUUAAACGGUGCAGCUUCUGGCAGAGCAUCGCACCGCACGUCGGGCAGUAG